UUUCACUUUAGCUUUCUAAACAAGAUGAAGUGGUUGGUGAUACUUCUCAUGUUCAGCCAUAGUUCAUCUGCAGAGACACACUUCCUGAAGUUUUACUUCACUGGAUCUACUGGGUUCACAAACGUUGCUGUGUUUGACAUCGUUGGAAAAUUAGAUGACAUCGAAGCAGCUUACUGCAACAACAAAGUAGUUGAUGUAAAAUUAGACUGGAUGAAGAAAUUAUUUAGUGAUGAUCCAAAACUAUUUGAGUUUAUAAAAAGUAGUUGCUUUAUUACUAAUCCUGCCUUCUUUAGAUAUAUAAUUCCUGAGAUUAUGAAGAACUUUCAUCAAACUGAAGGUGUUCAUACUUUUCAGAGGAUUGGUGGUUGUGAACUGAACAUGGAAACUAAAGAGCUGACUGGAUUUUUGAAGUACGGUUAUGAUGGAGAAGACUUCCUUGAAUUUGAUUUAAAUGGACUGAAAUGGAUUGCAAUGAGAAAAGAGGCUCUUUUUCUCAAACAAAUUUGGGAUAUGAAUACACAACAUCUCUACUUUAACAGAGAUCUCAUAAAUCGAUGCUAUGAGGUUCUUAAUCACUCCUUGGUCGUUGGACACGGCUCUAUCUUUAGAACAGAUUACCCCUCAGUUUCUCUCCUUCAGAAGACUCCCUCCUCUCCAGUCGGGUGUCACGCUACUGGUUUCUACCCAAACAGUUUCCUGAUGUUCUGGAGGAAGGAUGGAGAGGAGAUUCAUGAGGGAGUGGAUGCUGGAGAGAUCCUCAACAAUGAGGAUAGUACAUUCCAGUAUCGUGUUGAUCUGGAUAUUUCAUCAAUCCCAUCUAUGGACUGGGCGAGGUAUGACUGUGUGUUUCAGUUUACUGGAGCUGAGGACAAAAUCAUGAUCAAGCUGGAUAGAGAAGUAAUCAAGACCAACUGGGAUGAAUCAUCUCAGAGAAAUAUCAUCAUCAUUGCUGUCAUUUCUGUUGUGAUUUCCAUCAUAAUUGCUGCUUUAGCAUUUGCUGCUUUCAAGAAGAAAAAUGAUAGACAAGUCAUCCCUGAGUCUGAAAUCAUACCAUUGAGAAACUGACUUCGAAAUCCAGAUCAAGAAAUCUAACAUCCUGCUCUGCCUUCACAUGUCCAUUUAACAUAUGUACUAUAUGUGUAUUAAUAUAAUCUAAUAAGUACCCUAAUUGCUUUUUCAUUAAGCAGGUAUUAUUGUGUGAAAUAACACCUGUUACUGUACUAGACAGCUCUGGGCUGUAUGAAAUGUUUUUUCUACUCAUUUCUAGUAGAAAAAAAUGAGUAGAAAUGAUUAGAAAAAACAUUUCAUCAUAACUUCUUUUGUUUUUCUUCAGCUAAUACAAAGUGUAGUAUAUCUAAAAUAAAAUCACAAAUGUUUUUAUUACUGUCAGUUUUUUAAAUGACCAAGUAUUCUAUUAAAAUCCCAAUUUGCUUCCUGACAAAAUAUGCUGGAGAAAUACAAUAGACUGUUGUAUAUGUGAAUGCUGUGAACUGACCAUUGUUGCAUUGUUGGACUCUUGUUUAUAAACUGGCAGAUUGAGUUAUGUGUCUGUAUAGCUAUAUUUAUUUUAAAUGCAUAACCAUCAUUUUUGUGUUUGGAAAAUUGGAAAAUAACUACAUGUGUUUACAUAAAGCCUUCUUAUCCUGUUUUAAUAAAACAAUGAAUACAUUAUUAUAUGUGCAUAAUGUUCAGUAAAAGUGUAUAUAAUUUAAAGACAUUGUAAAACUGUAUAUGUUCAAUAUCCCAACAGCAAAACAGAGGGAAUUAGGUGUGAUUUUAUGCUACAUUUUUAUUGUCUGCUCUGACAUUGAUGUGUUUGCAGCUAAAGACAAACCUGCUGUAAAGAUGGACAUUUAUGAGGAUUGAGUUCAGAUUAUAACUCUAAAUGGAGCUGUGUUAAAGUUUGGAAAUAUGUAAUUAAAUAUUACAGAUUUAAUAGUCAAACCAGUUUGACUAUUUUGUCGUCUCUAUAACAUAACCAAUGAAGUUAACAUCAGUUAUAAUUUCACAUAGCAAGAUCAAGUUUUAUUUCUUAAAGAAAAAUACUGGUGAUUGCAUAAAGUUACAAACUUUACAGCAAUCACUCCUCCUGUAUGAAAGGAAGAAACCUGCAGUAGAACCCUAAAUAAGUGUGAGUAACCAUCUAUUUAUUUAUCCUGUUAUCAAUUUUAAUGAUCAGAGAAUUCAAAGCAGUACAAAAAGUUAUAAUAUUGGCUAGUUACAUAGCUGAGUGAUAUGAACAGCUAAAAUGUAUUUUGCAUUAUGAAAUGUAAGACUAACAUCAGAGUAACACCAGCGUAAGAGGAAGAAUCUAAAUGUUUUUAAGGCAUUUAUUUGGAUGGAUACUUGGUUUAAUUUGUGUAAUUUGGCUCUCAGUUUGCAUAAAAACCUAGAAACCCAUAAGAACUGGUUCUGUUAGCAGCACCGUUUCUGCUAACAAAGGCAGAAUCAGUUCUGCUUCUGUUAGCAGUUUCCAAGUGUUAUUUAUACUUCCUUCUGCAGGACACCAGAGGGCAGCAUUGAACAGAUAGAAUCUGUAUUAUUUAAUGUUGUCGAUUCAAAUCUUUUCUGUUUUGAUUUUGUUCCAAUUCACUGAAAGUUCCUCACAAUCAACUGGAAAAAUUUCCCCUUUGGGAAUUGAAACAUUUGAAUAAAUUUACUUAACAUGUUUGCAGAGUCACAAAUCCAUAAAAAAUACGCAAUUAUAAUAAUAAAAAAGAUUAUUUCUUGGCUUAUGAGGUAGAAGUUUCUAUUGCAUCUUUUGAUAUUUUACACAAGAUAAAAACAUUCAUGUUUCAACAAAGACAGGUGACCUUCAUCUACAUAAAAGUGUCUUUUUAAAACCAUCCGAUGUAGAUUAUUUUUGCUAAAAAUACAAAAGUAACAAAGACAACACAAGACUGAUGUGUCUUAUAUAAAAACAUGGUGCUAGCAAACAUAAUGCAGUAAAACCUGUUUUUCCUACUUCUGAUCAGUUCUUUCACUUUGUUAAAUAAAGCCAGCAGCAUUUCAUAAGUUUCCUUCACAUCUGAUUUAUUCCAAUUUCAAUGGAAUCAAAUUACCUUUAACAAGAUGCAAUACAGAACAAACUAAAGCAUAUUUUAAAGUCACAGAAAAUAAUACCCACAGAAAAAUUAUUUCAGUUCCCUAUUAGCUUUCCUCAUCACUUCAAAGGUGGAUCCACCCUGUCGGGGAAGUUCAUUAAACUGCUGGAAGUUUUAUUCUUUUAGGAUAAUGAUUGGAAAAAUUCACAAGAUACCCAUGAAUAAAGGUUAAAAAAUGUUUUUAUUUAGUUCAUUAUAAACUAUAAAUGGCUCCAGGCUACUUUACUAAUCUAUGUUGACUCUAUAGGUCUUAGCAUUUCAUGCCCACCACAUAUCCCUUCAUUUUAAAUAUGAUAAAAAUGCCAAAUUCCAACUUAAAAUUUGUUAAUCUAAUAUUUUAUUUUUUUGUUUAACUCAUAUAACAACACUUUCAGUUAGUACAUUAAAAGUCUAUUGAAGAAGAUAAUGAAAAUCUAAAGAUUCAUCCAGUUCAUAAGAUAAUACAUGAUUUUGGAUUCAGAAGAACCCAAACAAGAAUCAAACUAGUGAACAUUUGUUUUCCACAGUAAAAUUGAGGUUUCACAAAUUCUCUAACUGUGGUGUUUCAAAAGCUUAAAAAACAUUGAAAAUGCCCUUUUUAGCUUUUGUUUAUUAAUUAAAGAAGAAGCCUCAACCAA